AUGCAUAACAGACGCGAUGAUAGACUAAGCAGCUUGCCGGAUGAACUUAUCCAUAAAAUCUUUUCUUUUAUAAGCAUCAAAGACGCUGUCAGAACGUGUGUUUUGUCAUCUAGUUGGAGGUCAAUCUGGACUUCAAUGCCCUAUUUGAAUUUCGAAAAUCUCAAACAUGGGCCAAGCAUCUUCAAAUUUAUUUCUAAUGUCCUGUCUCACCUCGAUAACAAAACACACGUUUUUUCGGUCAAUCUCGUUCUUGGGAAAAGUGUCAGGGACGAUGAAUCUGUGAGAAAAGUUCUCAACUACGCAUUCUCUCACAAUGUCCAACAACUCAGUGUUGGACAUUGUGUUACCCGCUUGCGCGGUGGGAAAAUGGUUAAACUCCCAUUUUCAUUUUCCUGUAUUCCAACACCAACGUGGGACCCGGACCUCCCACUCCCAGCUUUAACAACAUUGCAUUUUCACAAUGUCAAACUGUCUCGUUACAUUGACAUUGGUCUUUUCUCCAAGUGCACCAACUUGAAGAACCUUUUCUUAACAGGAUGCAUAAUGGAGAUAACCAAAGUGUUAAAUAUUUGUCAUCCUCGACUUUCUAAUCUUACACUCGAAAAUACACCCCUGGAUAUGAGUUUUGAUGAGGUUGUAAAUGUGGUUGCACCUCAACUCAAGAAUCUCACCAUUAGAUGGUGUGAAGGGAAGCAUCUGAUUUCUGCACCUGAGCUUACCUCCUUGGUCAUAGAAGGUUCCCAGCCUUGGCAGGUUUCUACACCAUCAGGCUUCCAUUCUUUGGAGAAGGCUGAACUCUUUAUGUACGAUCCAUUCAAAGCAGAUAUUCAUAGAAUAGUUUCUCUGCUUCAACAGCUCCGUAGUGUCAAGCUUCUUAAACUUAACUUGGGGAUUCUCCAGCGUCUUUUUUCAGAAACUUGCGUGUUGUCCAAUGCAAAGAUAUUAAAGUUUAUGCCAAAUAUUUUGUUAGAUGUAUGGUUGGAGAUUCAGUCUCAAGAAAAAGUAUCUACAAACCAUGAUACUUGUCUAUCAAUGGUCACACGUGAGGAUAUUACAGCUAUGGGGGAUAUUAGAUCAGCACAAGUAUUUGUGGUAGACUUUACGCGGUUGCUAAGGCAGUGUAAAGUAAAUACAAAAAGGGACAAAGACACUCGUAUAGAUGAACCACAAGUUGAAAUGUUUUGGGCAGGGGAAUUGCAAUGGAACUUUUGGAGAUUGAUGGAACUGCUUCAGGAUGGGAAAAUUGUUAAACUAGAGACUUGUCACAUGAUGUCACGGAUUAGGGUGAGAUAUAGUAAUGGGGGGGAGAUUAGAUAUCACAUGUCCCAUGACUGCAUGGAUGAAGGAAAUGAGGGAAUUGUUUGA